AUGGAGCCGGCGGCACAGAACAGAUCCGAAGCGGUAGAGGGACAGAGAGACGUCGAACAGGCAGAGGAGCAGUGGAAGAAGGCGGCUGAUGAUAAGCGGAUGGCCGAAGCAGAAGCCAAGAGGAGACGGGCUGAAGAGAGGCAACGGCGCCGUGAUGGCGACACCGAUCCUAUCGUCUCUUUCCCGGGAACAGGAGACAUACGUGAAGCAUGGGAGCGUGGGGCACGAGCCGCUGCAAGGGCACACGUGGGAGUGGUAGGAGAGGAGCUCGCCAGCAAUGUGCGGCAGCAUAUCGAGGAGGAUAGGGGAUACGUGAAAGUUCGCUUGCCCAGCGUAAAGCGGAAGGCGGCUGAAGAGGCCCGGAGAGGGGACGUCGACGUGCCAGAGAAUUCGGGAGAGGCGAAAAAGAAGGCGCAGAGCAACGCGGGUGCAAAGGCUCAUAAGAUGGCGGAGGUAGAGGCGCACCAGAAAGCAGAGGAUGCGGCCCAUCGGUUCGUCGAUGCAGAGGCGGCACUUACGGCAGAGGACGGGGCGCCAAAGGAAGCAGAGGCUGCGGCGCAGCAGAAGGUGGGUGCAGAGGCGGUCAAGAGUGCGGAGGCAGUCGCGCGUAAAGAAGCGGGUGCAGCAGCAGAGCUGACGUCGGAGGCAGUCGAGCUGCAGGUGGUGGAGGCAGUGGCGCAGAAGGAAUCAGAGGCAACGGCGAGCCAGAAGGAUGAGGCAGCGGCGCAGCAGAAUGAUGAGGCAGACGCACAUAAGGAAUCAGCGGCAGCAGCGCAGCAGAAGGAUGAGGGUGCGGUGCCCAGGAUGGUUGAGGCAGAGGCGCAGAAGGAAUCAGAGGCAGCGGCGCAGCAGAAGGAGGAGGGUGCGGCGCCGAAGAUGGUUGAGGCAGAGGCGCAGAAGGAAUCAGAGGCAGCGGCGCAGCAGAAGGAGGAGGGUGCGGCGCCGAAGAUGGUUGAGGCAGAGGCGCAGAAGGAAUCAGAGGCAGCGGCGCAGCAGAAGGAGGAGGGUGCGGCGCCGAAGAUGGUUGAGGCAAAGGCGCACAAGGAAUCAGAUGCAGCGGCGCAGCAGAAGGAGGAGGGUGCGGCGCCGAAGAUGGUUGAGGCAGAGGCGCAGAAGGAAUCAGAGGCAGCGGCGAGCCAGAAGGAUAAGGCAGCGGCGCUGCAUAUGGAGGAGGCAGACGCACAUAAGGAAGGAGAGGCGCGGAAUAAGGCAGAAGCAGCGGCGCGGCAGAAGGCGGAGGCAGAGGAGCAGAAACAGGCUGCGGAAGAGGCGCUACAACUGGCUCGGGCAGAAGCGCGGAAGAAGGCUGUUGUAGAGGCGCGGCAGAAGGCGGAGGGUGAGGCGCAGAAGAUGGCAGAGGCCGAGGAGCAGAAGCAGGCUGAGGCAGACGCACGUAGGAAGCCAGAUGGAGAGGAGGGUUCAGAUGGGAAUAAAAUGAUACAGACAGAGGGACGGGAGACGGCGGGUGCUGAGGGGCACAUCAUCGCAGAGGAAGAGGGGCAGCAUGACGAGGAGGCAGCGUCGCAGGUAUUCGAAUACCAAGAGACGCAGAGCAUGGCAGAGACAGAGCGUCAAAAUACUAUGGAGGAGGUUCGUGUGGUCCCGGAGGCUGGAGUGGGGCACUACGAGGGAGAUGCGCUGGAAACAGAAGAGGAGCAGAAUGAGGAGGAUACGGUACAUCCGGCAGUCCGGAUAUUUUUGGGAGGAAGUCCGACGCUGGGACCAGGAACCGGGGUAGAGGGGCCAUGGAGGGUGGCAGACGAUGGGGCGCCUAGGGAUACAGUGGAUCUCAACAGGCAGAGGCGGCCUACCCUUCACCAGAGAGCAGUGGAGAGGAAUCUCGGCCAAGGCGGGGUGGCAGAAGCGUUUUGGCAGGUAGAGUGGGUCGAGGCAGAGACGGCAAUACGGCGGAUGCUGCAGCGCACGAGUACAGUCCUGGUCGAACAAGGUGACAGGUUCGUCGAGGCCGAAAGCUGGGACAUAAGCCCGGCAGAGGUAACGCGUCGUCUGACGCUCUUAGCCCGAAUGGUGACGCAGACGUUCUGCAACUUGGCGGCCCGCAACAGCAACAUCAGUCGCGACGUGGCCGAUCUGACCGUCCAUUACUGCCGCGACGCCCUGGCCAACCUGGAAGAAGUCCGCCAUGGAAACGAGGAACGGCGGCGCCAAGCUGAAACGGCGGCCAGGUUUCGCGAGCAGGUGGACACGAGACUCUCCAACUUGCGGGAGAGUAUCGUAAGGGUGAGUGAUCAGGUUCGCCAGUCGGGAGGGGGGAUGGCGGAGGGCACGUUAAAGGGGGUGGAAGAGAGGUUGAGAGAGGUUCUGAGAGAAGACUCUGAGCGGCGGAACAGGGAUAGGCUGCAGGACGAGGAGCGGAGGCAGAAGGCCACGAGGAAGGAAGCAGACGCCGCAGAGAGACGGAAGAAGGAACAACAGGAGGAAGAGCGUCGGCAGAAGGAGAUGAGAGAGGGAAUGAAGGAGAUGAAGGAGGCGAUGAUGAAGGAGAUGAAGGCAGAAAUGAAGGAGAUGAAGGAUGGGAUGGUAAACCAGAUUGUGGGGAGGUUGAGCGCGGUUUUGCGAGAAGAAUCCGAGCGGCAGAAGAAGGCGAGGCAAGAGGACGCGGAGCGGCGACAACAACAGGACGCGAAGAGGAAACAAGUGGCGGACGACGAGGAGAGACAGAAGAAGAAACAACUGGACGAGCAAUGGCGGAAGGAGGAGGAGGAGAAGAGGAAGGAUGUAGAGGCCACAGAGCGGCGGAGGAAGAAGAAACAUCAGGAGGAAGAGCGACGGCAGAAGGAGGUGGAGGCGGGAAUGAAGGAAGUGAUGGAGGCUGUGAAGGAGAUGAAGACGGGGAUGAAGGGGUGGAAGGAGGGGAUGCUAAGUGAGGUGGAAAAGCGGCUGUCAGUAGUUCUGAGAUUGGACGCAGAGCGGCGGCAAAAGGAGGAGCAGGGUAGGAAGGCAACGGAGGGAGAUCGGCGACAGAAGGAGGAUGCGCAGAGGAAGGAGGCUGAGGAGGACGAUCGGGAGGAAAGGGAGAAACAACAGGAGAAGGAGCACCAGCAAAAUGAGGAGGCGCAGAGGAAGGAGGCAGAGGAAGCAGAGCAGGUGGAGAGGGAAAAACAGCAGGAGAUGGCGCGCCUGCAGAAGGAGGAGGCGCAGCGGAAAGAUGCAGAGGAGGCCGAGAGGCAGGAGAGGGAGAAACAGCAGGAGAUGGCGCGCCUGCAGAAGGAGGAGAGGCAGAGGAAGGAGGCAGAGGAGGUAGAGCGGCAGCAGAGGGCGAAACAGCAGGAAUUGGACCGCCUGCAGAAGGAGGAGGCGCAGAAGAAGGAGGCAGAGGAGGCCGAGCGGCAGCAGCGGGCGAAACAGCAGGAGAUGGAGCGCCUGCAGAAGGAGGAGGCGCAGAAGAAGGAGGCAGAGGAGGCCGAGCGGCGGCAGAGGGCGAAACAGCAGGAGAUGGAGCGCCUGCAGAAGGCGGAGCAGUGCCGAGUAGAGAAGAGGGCCAGACUUGCAUCCUACGUGGAACAGCAGCGGCAACUGGAGGCAAAGGCAAAGGCGAUGGCUGAAGAGACGGAACGAUUGGCAAGGGAGAUGGAAGAGGGGGAUUUGACCAUGCAGGGGAGGGGACCUGGAAGGGAGUCGAGGAGGAAAUAG